CGUCCAACUUUGGAAAAUUCAUCGAUCGUACACGCGACGAUGAAAAACGACGUUCCCGUCCGUCGCGAUAGACAGAGAAAUACUUGUGAUUUCUACAUCGACACGGUUCCCUAUUCUCGCUGCAUGAAUCAAUUCUGUGUUCCAAAUUUUGCGACAACGGGGUCGAAUCGGUGACUUUUGCCAUCCUCGUGAAUAAAAUUAGUAGCAAAUUGCGGCAGAGACGAAGACUAUUGUUAUUUUUAUAAUCAAGGAACAAUCGUCUCAUGACCUUCCAAUGAAAUAACUCCUACGAUCUUCUCGUUCUCGUCAUGAUUCUAUUCAAAUCUAUGUGCAACAAAUUACGCUGGAAUAUUUAUAAUCUGCUCGUGCACGUAGCCUCUCGAUGACCAAACUCGCGCGAGGUGGAUCUCGUUAGAGGAUUAGCGGUCAAUUAUCGCGAAGGGGGACGAUAAUCAAAGGAAUUUGCCGCUCGAUGGCGAAAGAAACGGUCGAUGAAAUAGGAGGUGGGCCAGGUUGGAGCAGUCGCGUGCCGCCGCGAAGCUCGAUUGCCGUUUUAAUCGUUGUUUUGAUGCGGCUCGAUAAACUACGCGCGCUAUCGCGGCGGGAGGCGGCGAAACGCUGACGACAAUGAUGUAACGGUGGAAAAUAAAGCGGUGACUCGUAUGGAUAUUGGUACCGUGUGCUGGCGCACGCGUAAACACGUGCUAGCCACCGUGCUGUCCGACCAGGAAAUUUUCCUCGAAUUUUCGGAGCCAGUUUUUCGAAAACUGCCGACCCAAUCGCCUCCGCGCGCCGAUUCCAAUAAUUCUCGAACGCGAGUUUGGAUCUCCACGAAAAAUCUCCAGGAAAAUCUCUACGAACGUUCGAUAGAACCGUUUUCCGGUCGGUUGCGAAUUCGUUUUAGCUCCAGUGAGAUUUUCCAGCCGUUUCCAAGGCUUUCCUAUUAUUCGAGCCCCGCGUAUCAACGAGGGAAAAGGAGAUCCGCUCCGUUUCGCGCGGCACGUCAGAUUCUAUUUUCAACUCGACGACCUCUUGACACUCAUUAGCGUUUUCAAGUUCCCGCGUCGGGAGGUCGAAACCGGGGCCUUAUCACGCGCGCGGUGGACGCUAACGAUCGUUUCUUGCUCUCCGUGCGCGCCGAUGACGUACGAAGUAACGCCGGUAAAGAGGAAACGAAAAAAGAAAUAAAGGGGCUGAAACUGCACAGGCCACGAUCAACGAUUCGGAACGAUUUCCAGCGGAAUUCCUCGAGGAUCGUCGCUCGCGGAGGAGAAAUCAUCGCGCGGGUGAACGAACUCCGACGCCAUCGAUCGAAGACUUCGGGACGUGAUCCCCGGGAUGUUGGACGACGAAACUUUAUAUUUCCACGCGAUGCUGAGGGACGGUAAUCCAUAUUAUCGGGGCAUUACUGUCAACUCGUCCGUUCCUCUCAGCUGCUAGGGCUUCUUCGGUUUCCUACGGUUAUCUCCAUCCCUUGUACACUUUCCGUCCCAGUUAUCGAGUCGUUCAUCCGUACACGCGAUCGGAAAAAUCGGUAACCAGCAACACCCCGGAGGAAUACUUAGAAAACUCUGUCAGUGUCAAAUCGUAGCGGAAUAUUUCUGAAUUCUCAAAACUGUCGAUUCCGUGCUCCAUGUAUCGCGAGGAAGUUUCAGGAGAUACGAAAUAAUUAGAAUAGAUCCGUUUCCAUAACACCGAUCUUCGAGUGAAAAUUCUUUCGAAUGUGGGAUUUCUUUUCUCUGAGCGAGAUCGAAUGAUUUUGAUCUCUUUUCGGUGGUUUUCGCGCGAUCGGAGGUGACUGAACUCUCGGUGGACCGAGUGGCUUAAGUACCGCGAUAAUAAACGGCAACUUUCUCGGAGCAGGUUUCGGCGCGACGAUGACGAACGGAAGAGUCGAUCGCGCGGCGAAAAUUCAGAAAGCCAGCGUCGGGGUGUUGCCAGCGCGCGGACGUGGUGCACGUGUUUGAGGACGCGAUCGAGGACUUCCGGUAAUCAUGGGGAACGCAUCGUCCUGCUGUCCGCAUCGCAAGAAGAUGUCGGAGUUCCCAGCGGAGGGAGGGGAAAACGGUGACAUGCACACUGUCAUGGAGAAUUUUCAAAAGAAGAACAAUUUGGCGACUGGCAGAAGCCACGUCAGCCAUCAUCCGCAGGUCACCACGUCGUCGCAGAUGCUGACGACGAACCAGAGCCAGAGCAGCAGCAGCUCGAGCAGGGUGGCCAAAUCCUCGCAGAGGAUUCUUACCUCGUCCUCGUCGAGUGAGAUGAAAGCCAGCUCUAUGAAAAGCGACUUGAGGGAACUUCAGCGCGGCAUCUCUGAGAUGAAGAACAACAUAUCGACCAAUUUCUCGCAACGAUUGCGCAGCAGCAUGGAGAAUCUCGUGGACAGGGAUGGAAACGGAACCGAGGAGGGCGACCUGACGGAGCCGUUGGUGACGUUCCCCGAUCCCGACACGCCGCCCCCCGUAACGGGGACGGCCACGUUGACCGGUGGAUCCCCCUCGCAGCUGAGUUCCUUGAACUCGUUGAACAAUCUUCACAGCAUGAGCCCGCCGAUCAAUAUGUCGAACAUUUCGAACAUGACGAACUUGCCUGCUGGCCAGGAGACGAUGAAGUUCGAGCAGAAGAAGAUGACCAGCGCCUCGAAGACCAAGGUGGUCACGGAUGGCUUCAGCGCCGAGAAGGCGAUCGCGAACAGCGCCGAGAUGAGAGCGUUGCAAGCUGGCGACGUUUCUUACAAGGAACAGAGCGCCGCGACGGCGGCCAGGGCGCGCGUCGAGCUCGAUGGCGUGUCCGCGGAGAAAAGGGUCGCUGCGGCAAGGGAGCAGAGAAGCUUGAAAGCUGGCGAUCUGUCGCAUCAAGAAAGUAACAACAUGGCGGCGUCCACGAUGAAGCUGCAGAGCGAUUCCUUCAGCUCAGAGAAGAAAGCCAUGGCGGCGCAACAGCAGCGGCAAACGGUCACCUCGACCGGCAUCUUCAACCACGAGAAGCACAUGGCGUCCAGCUCUCAAUCGAGCAUCACGAUAGCCUCGAAGGGGGUGACGUCGAAGUCGUCGAUGAUCACGGCGGCGAACGCGGUGAAUCAAUUGAUGAACGGCAUGAGGCCAGCGGAGGACGAGCUGCUAUCUUUGCCUCUGGACGAUCUGGAUCUCCUCUGCUCGAAGUCGAAUCCGCAGGACGUGGAUCGAGCCAUCACCAAGUACUGCAACUUCCUGGACAGCUUCGUGCAACGGCUGAAGGUGAACGAGAGCAAAAACGGCAAGGCGCCGUUGCUCCUGAACAGAGUGAACGAGAUCAUCAGGAAGGCGUGGGCGGUGCCGACGCACGGGCACGAGCUGGGAUACACGUUGUGCAACACUCUGAGAACGAGGGGCGGGCUGGAUCUGCUGAUGACGAACUGCGUGGCCAGCGACCACGAGUUGCAGUUCUCGUCGGCCAGGUUGCUGGAGCAAUGCCUGACCACGGAGAACAGAGCGCACGUGGUGGAGAACGGGCUGGAGAAGGUGGUGAACGUGGCGUGCGUGUGCACGAAGAACGCAAACUCGGUGGACCAUUCCAGGGUGGGCACCGGUAUUCUGGAACACCUGUUCAAGCACAGCGAGGGCACCUGCAGCGACGUGAUCAGGCUAGGCGGGCUGGACGCGGUUCUGUUCGAGUGCAGGAAGAACGACGUGGAGACGUUGAGACACUGCGCCGGUGCUCUGGCCAAUCUGUCUUUGUACGGCGGGGCGGAGAACCAGGAGGCGAUGAUCAACAGGAAGGUGCCCAUGUGGUUGUUCCCUCUGGCCUUCCACAACGACGACAACAUCAAGUACUACGCGUGCCUGGCCAUCGCCGUGCUGGUGGCGAACAAGGAGAUCGAGGCGGCGGUGUUGAAGUCGGGCACCCUCGACCUGGUCGAGCCAUUCGUCACCUCUCACAAUCCCUACGAGUUCGCCAAGUCGAAUCUGGCCCAUGCUCACGGUCAGAGCAAGAACUGGUUGGAGAGGCUGGUGCCGGUGUUGAGCUCGAAGAGGGAGGAGGCCAGGAAUCUGGCGGCGUUUCACUUUUGCAUGGAAGCAGGCAUCAAGAAGCAGCAGGGCAACACAGAGAUCUUCCGUGAGAUAGGCGCCAUCGAACCGUUGAAGAAGGUAGCCAGUUGUCCCAACGCGAUUGCCUCCAAGUACGCGGCGCAGGCGCUGCGUUUGAUCGGCGAGGAGAUCCCGCACAAGCUCAGCCAACAGGUGCCCCUGUGGUCCACGGAGGACGUCAGGGAGUGGGUGAAGCAGAUAGGGUUCGCGGAGUGCGCGCAGAACUUCGUCGAGAGCAGGGUGGACGGCGACCUGCUGCUACAGUUGACGGAAGAGAAUCUCAAAGAGGACAUCGGGCUGACGAAUGGCAUCAGGAGGAGACGGUUCACGAGGGAGCUACAGAAUCUGAAGAAGAUGGCGGACUACAGCAGCAGGGACACGGGCAACCUGAACAGUUUCCUUCAGUCGAUCGGGCAGGAGUUCUCCACGUACACGUACAGCAUGCUCAACGCUGGCGUUGACAAGGACUCGAUCAGAAAUCUGUCCGAGGAUCAGCUUCUGACCGAGUGCGGGAUCGCGAACAGCAUCCACCGAUUGAGGAUACUGGACGCCAUCAAGAACAUGCAGCACAAUCAGCUGUUGGGCUCGUGCGAGGACGAGUCGCCCGACAAGUCGUUGGACGUGUUCGUUAGUUACAGAAGAUCCAACGGAUCUCAGUUGGCAAGCUUGCUGAAGGUACACUUGCAGCUGCGGGGAUUCUCGGUGUUCAUCGACGUCGAGAGGCUGGAAGCUGGCAAGUUCGACAAUAACCUGCUGCAGAGCAUCAGGCAAGCUAAACACUUCCUCCUUGUGUUGACGCCCAAGGCUUUGGAAAGGUGUAUACAGGACAGCGAGUGCAAGGACUGGGUUCACAGGGAAAUUGUGGCAGCUCUACAGUCACAGUGUAAUAUAAUUCCCAUCAUAGACAAUUUCCAAUGGCCAGAACCUGAGGAGCUUCCUGAAGACAUGCGAGCAGUUUGCCAUUUUAACGGUGUACGGUGGAUUCACGACUACCAAGAUGCCUGCGUAGACAAGCUUGAAAGGUUUAUGCGAGGCGAAAUACCAGUCAGAUCAGAAAUGUCUGGUGGUAUUCCAAGAAGUAUCGCUACCAAGGACGUGACACAACCAAAUACACCGGGUACCACGAAUAUCCGACAACUGCCAAACUACCAACGUAUGCACAGCAAUGAAAGCAGGGGCAGCGAUAAAGAUUCGACCGGUGGACGAGAUUGACUAGAGGGCCCGCCCACAGCCAUACCGAGCAGACUUAGAAAAUCAUCGAGUCCGUCCCGUUGGUUAAUGGGUCUGCCACCCACGUCUCCGCGAUUGAAGUUCACCCACACACACCCUGGAGGAAGUCCAGUGCCGCGAAGACCACCGCGCCAUCCUCCCUCGCCAUCCACCAGAUCUCGUUCGUUGGAACUGUUAGACCAAGACGAAAAGAAAUCGAUCUCCCCGAUCAGAGAGUCGGAACCACAGCCGAGGCCAAGGUCCAGAAGCUUGGACGGCUUACUAGACGAAGAUGGUAUAGUACCACCGGACAUGAAGACUGAAGAGUCGCCUAAGCAAAACUGUGAAAGCGAGAUCAAUGCAAAAGAGCCUAUCGACUUGGACAAACUUCCUGACUCGAAAGCGAACGAUGAUCUUGCGCAGAAUGAGUCGGAAGGGACAGGGAAUGAAGCGAACGAAGGGUUAGGUUAUGUUCAAUCCGAGAGCUCAAACCGGGAAGGCAGUAACCUAGUAAAAUCGAACGACGAUGAAAAUCCAACGCCAGUUCCUAGACAACGAACGAAGACACCUGUCGCGGAUGCAAAAUCGGAAGCGGUCGUUGAUAUUGUACAGGGAGAUGAAGCGCGAAAAUCCUUGAUCUUCGUGGAGUCGAACGAUAAAGACGAAAGUAACCUAUUCGCGCGACCACCGAAACCUGUUCGAUUAGUCAGCGUGGAUGGACACCUGUCGAUCGCGAACCCGAACGUACAGGAUGAGAGGGAGGAGUCUCAGACGAGCUCGGUGAAGAUCGAUCCUUGCGACGACAACGCACAGUUGAAGGAACGACUGGUGGCUACGGGGAACGACAAAUCGACGCUGCUUAAGGCGAAGAGCUGUGGUGCGGGGCUAGAUUCCGACGAAAGCAUUUCGUCCAACGAGUACAAGCCCAAGCUGAAAGAGCAGGGCUCGCUGCUCUCGUUGCCCACGGGGGCAGAACCGAAACGAAAGAAAAACUUUAUGGACAAAUGCGUGAACAAGGUGCGGUCUUUCAUGAGGAAGUGACGAUAAAGACUUUGUUAUUUAAUUUUACAACGCUAACUAUAGUAUGUCGAUAUUAAUUAUUGGGACAUCGUGAUUCCAGCAAGCGCGCGCGCGAACAUUGCAACCCGAGUGUCGUAUAUAUUCGCUUUGUCGGUCAACUUUUCUAUUUGUAUUAGGAUAAUUGUUUUCGAGAUGUACAGACAGUAUUUUAUUUUUUCUUUUUUUUUUUUCUCUACGCGCGAACAAUUCUUUUUUUUUCUUCGGUAAGUACGGUUUAACGAAUGUAUAUAUAUAUUUGAGAUGCGCGAAAAGAAUGCAAUUGCGAAGUUUCGGGAGAGUCAGUUUACGCGCGAGUAUACACGAUAUUUGUAUAAAGAUUAAAGCAUCGCCAUGGUAGAGUUACGAGCGAUCGUAAGUUUUCUUCUGUACAAUGACAGGCAGCAUGAAAGUAUAACUGAUGUUGUGCCUAAUUACAAAAGUGUCUUCUUAGAAAUUGAGGUUAGGAAAUAAACGAGAUUCUCCUCCGCGUAUGUGAGAGAGAAAGAGAGGUAGCCUGCUUUUUCAGGUGGCUUUUAUAUAUUUCCUUAUCGAAUUGUAUUAUAGGUAUGUAAACGCGUAGGUAAAUAGCAUUGUUAUUUGUAAUACAAUUUUUUUAGUCGGUUUUUUUUUAGGAUAUCGAGUAUAAAUGUUCUGCUUGCGAUGUACGUCGUGAGUGAAGGCAGCUAACAUAAUAUGAAAUAACAGCAAUUAUAACGUAACCGUCGGUUACGUUACCUUAUUAUUUAAUAAGCGUUUUUACUAUAUCACUUUUAACUGAUGUUAUCUUACGUACGUAGCAAGUUCGAACAAAUCCGUACGAGGUGAUUCCUACGAAGCUUCGAUAUUAUACUAUUUUAAGAUCCUGCCUAAGAAUCAAGAAAUGUAUAUUUUACCAAAGUUUCGCAAAGUAAAAUUUAAGAAUUUUAUCAAAAGUUUGAAUGUUUCUCACGAAAUAAAUUUUAUUUAGCAAAGUAUUACAGGCCCAGUCUGUCAUUGACAAACGA